UCAAGAUGAUAACCCCAAUGUGUUAAGCAAUGGUACGGGGAUGCCUGGAGUAGAGGAAGAGGGAGGUACCGAAAGAAAUGACACAGAGCCAUCCUCGGUAGUGCCUGAAAGGGAAGAGGAAGAGAGGAUAUUGAGAAAAGAAGAGGAGGCGGACUUGAGUGACUACAAGGGAGCGGAGGAGGCUGAGGAGGGAGGCGGGACGGACUCCUCUGAUUCGCCUUCUCGUGUUAAUGGUGUAUCAUCAUCUGGGCCUUCUGUGCAGGGUGCAGAUCCACCAACUGACGCCUUGCAAAGUAAACUAGACAAACUUUCUGCUUAUCUUGGCCCGAGGAUAAUGGUUGCCCUUAAAGUCUCCUGCCUUUUGUUGACUGUCGUCGUCAUUAUUCAAAGCAGCUCUUGGGCAUUAUCAUCAGAAGGAAGUCCACUUGUGAAGUCAUCUACACCUUUUUUCCCACGACAUUCCCUUAUAUCUGACUUUUACUCUGGUGAUGUCGGUGCUCUCACUGAACGUCUCUUAACAGCAGACCUGUCUUUUGUUGUAUAUUAUGCACCUUGGGAUAGAGAAUCACAAAUUCUUCGAUGGGAGAUAGAAAAAGUGGCUCGUUAUUACCAUGAACAGAUUUACUUUGCGGCAAUUAAUUGUUGGCAUCCAAGAUCAGAAUGUAAAACAAAGUACAAGAUUCGAAUCUUCCCUGCAUUGAUACUACAUGUACGGUCCCUAUCUGGCUUAGAGACAAAGGCCAUAGCUUAUGGUGGACCCAAGGAUGCUGGACACAUCAUACGAUUCCUUUCUCGGACUUUGCGUCCACUUUCCCAUGUUAACAGUAAUGCUGACCUUGCUCGAUUACAGAUGGAGUACAGUGCUGUUGUUUUAGGUUAUUACGAGUUUACAACUCCAAGAUUCCUUCCCAAGGGCUUCAGCUCUUUUUAUCUUGCAUCUCUUCGUGCCUUACAAUUUGACAAUACAUAUUCUGUUGCCUGGGGAGUAGUCACAAAUCCUCGCACUGCAAGAGCACUGUCAUUUAAUGUUUCACAAUCAGUGCAUAUUGUCUUGUGGAAUACAACACUGGUGUAUACAGCAGCCACCACAGCUGACAGUGAAAGUAUCACCAAUUGGGCAUUCAAGCGAUUGGAUGAAACAGCAACAUGGAUUGAGGUUCCUGGCACCAAGAGUUUAGCUUUGAAUAAGGUUUUACAAAGUGGACCAUCUCUGAUUGUGUUUACUCCAGAUAAUCCUUAUUAUUCAGCUAAUGAUCCAUUUUCAUUGCUACGGGAGGUUUCGCUAGAUUAUUACAAUUGUGAGCAGUCAAGUCGUGUUAGCAACCUUGGACAAUAUUUGGGUUCUAUGAGAUCUAGAGGCCGUGGGCAGUUGAGACAAGCUGAAAGGAUUUGCAAGUCAUACCUUAAGGAGCAGCUCAGUGUCAUACAUCUUUCAAGACCUCACUUCAAUUUUCAAGAUGAAACCUGUUGCCGAACUAUGUCACCCUCGGACAGUAGGAGUACUGUUGACAGAAGUGAUGAAAAAGUUUGUGAUGUCUGUAUCCAUGGCCCUCCUAAACUUGAUGACACACACAGUACACACUGUUCAACUCCAAGUUCCUUUGCAGAGGAAUCAGAUCUACUUCAGCAUGUUAACAACCUUAUGACUGUCUUUAGUGAUUCGUGCCGGGAACUGAUGCUUCAGUAUACUCCUUGGCAACACUACUCGGUUUGCUGUCAGCGUAACAACACAGCAAAUGACAAAGAACCUAUUCCAAAUACAUCUAGUGAAGAAAAACUAACUGAAAGCAAUCCUGUUGAGGGAGGUCUAAAGGAUGACAGAAUUGAGAAACUUGUUGCUGUGUCUGCAGAGGAUCAGUGCAAAAGGCUAUUUCAUGGGUCUCUUUUGGCAGCUCCAGCUUUGCUAAAGGACAACCAACCAGCACCAGGUUUAACAGGGUUGGGGUGUAGAACUAACAAGUCUUUGUCAUUCGUUGCCAUUGAUUCUCUUCAUAACAAGAAUAUAGCGUUGAGAUUAGGUGUGAACAUGACGGCCAGGGAACCUCGAAAUACUGCUGCUGUCAUCGUAGAUCUUGAAAAGGAGACACAUUUUGUUAUGGAUGCUAGUUUGUCGAAGCCGACUUUAGUGAACUUCAUUCUUAACUACACAAAUGGUUUGUUAGAUAGGAAAUUAGUAUCAAGUCAUGAAGAAAAUGCAGAUUGUGAAGCAGGCCAAGUUUGCAUCAAAGAAUUGACAGCUAGCAACUAUAUGACGAUUACACAAAAACCUGGCCAGAUGGUGGUUGUACUGCAUUAUAGCAAAACCUGCGCAGCUUGUACAAGUGUAGGGCAUGUGUUCCUGUCAGUGGCUAAUGCAGCACAACACUUGCCAAAUGUUACCUUUGCGCGCAUUGACACCCUCACCAACAUCCUGCCAUGGCAUCUGUACUUUGAAAAUCUCCCAACUAUUAUAGUCCAUCCCCACUUUCGGAAAAGUGAGAGUAGAAUAUUCGACUCUACCAAUGCACUGACUCCAGCCAAUCUUCUGUCCUUCAUAGUUGCCAAUUUGGAUGCAGGUCAUCGUCUCAUGCUAGCCCUCUCUACCUGCCAAGAGGAGUGUAAGGAAAAGGUGUUACAAGCAGCAAGACUUACUACCACUCAGCUUCAUCACUCCUUAACUAUUUCAUCAGCAAAACUUCAGCAUAUAAUGGGUCUUAUAUCUAAAGUGAUCAUCGGUGAAAAGCAAGAUAAAUCCUCAGCUCACAAGACAGCACACUAUCACUUGUUAGCUUUCACAAAGGCACAUCUUGUUAGACAAAUUAAAAAGUUGAGGAUAAAGCUUGUUCACUUAAGUCAGUUAAAUAAACUUUGAGUGUUGCACUUGAGAAACAGUUACCCAUUUUCA